UCGAAAAUGAAUUAAUUCGCGAGUGAUCUUUUAAAAAAGUGAUCUUUAGAAUGAUCUUUUGAAACAUCUUUUGAAAAAGAUCGAUAAUUUAACAAAAUUAUCCGAGAGUGGUUAAAAAAGAGUCAAAGUGUUACUUUGAUUCGAAAAUCGAGUUUCUUGAUUCCUAAAGUGCAAUAAAAAAAAAGAUUACGAAGAAAGAAAUUUCUUCGUAAAAAAAUUCAUUGAACUAUUCAUCUAAGAAAUUUUGAAACGCGAAGAUCGUUCUCUCGUGGAGAUCGAAGAGUUUUGUAAGAAGAAGAAGGAACAACGAAUGCUUUCGUGAGAUCGAGUCAAAGAAGUAAGAAAAAGUAUGACGAGCCAUCCAGGAUACGAUUACGAGGACAGAGGCCAGAGAAUUCGCCAUCGUGUCGGUACUGCUUCGAGACCAGCCGAUUCUACCGUCGCUUGUACCAGUUCUCAAUAUUACGUCGGUCCGAAUAGUGACAUCAGUGAAGAGGAUAUUGCGGAAUUACCUUCUUGCGUUUAUGCGAGUAGAUCCUCCCAACACGUUGCACAUGCUUCUUCGCACACGCAUUCACCAUUGCACUAUCAUAUGCCAGUUGCUACUCCAGAUCACAAUGAUGCUGAUAUGAACGGAGUGGAAGAAGGUUAUUAUCCAAAUGGCAGUCCAUAUAGAAUUCAACGACAUGCCGCGAAUAUACGCGAAAGAAAACGUAUGCUGAGCAGCAUCAACUCGGCUUUCGACGAGCUUAGGGUUCAUGUACCAACAUUCCCGUAUGAGAAGAGACUUUCAAAAAUUGAUACUCUUCGUUUAGCAAUAGCUUAUAUUGCUCUUCUUCGAGAAGUAUUAGCAGCGAGACUCGAUCCUUUGACUUAUGUUGAGAGGUGCCUUAGAGGUGAAAUUAAUGGUGAACGUGCUGAAUGGAACACCAGUGAUCUGACCGCACGUUUGUCGUGGAUUAAUUGGGAAAAUUUAGGAGUCAAUCCUAAUCGACGUUCAGUUCUUACAACUCUCGCAUUAACUACAGACAAUAUGAAUUAUACAAAAGAAGAGAAUAUUACGAAUGAUACAAUUGUGAAUGAUAAAUUUGAAUAUGAGAAUGACACGAAGUUAAUAAAUUUGAAGAAAAAAGAUGCCGAAGUUUUUCGAAAUUCUAAAUUUUUUCGUUGUAUACUCGUUGAUUCUUCGACGAGCAAGUGUCUAAAGAAGAUAGAAUGUGAUGAAGAAAAGGCUGGAAUGAUCGUGUCUUUGUGUAAAGCAUCGCCAAGAAAAAAUGAUAUAAAAGAGAGAGAAGGAAAAUCUGUUGAUGAGGGAAAGAAAGAGGAGGGGAAUAACAGAAAUCGGUAUGUCUUAGAACAAAAGGAGGAAAAAUCCCAGAUGGCGUUGCAGAAAGAUUUCAUGGCGGUCGCGAUGUCAUCGGAUACUUCGACCAAUCAUCAAUUAGCUUCUAAUAUAAGCGGCGAUUUUAAAAAGGGAAACAUGGAGACGUCGACAUUUCCUCGCGAAAUUAUAAUUAAUCAAGAAAGAAGAUCUUGCAUAAAUGAUAAUGAUGAGAGACGUGAUUCGAUCGAAACGAAUAGUAGCAGUGGAAAUAGUUGUAAUUCUGGUUUUCUUGUCGAGAAAGUAAAACGAAUUAAUCGGACGAUGAGAAAUAGAAAUCGUGGGUCUUUUGAAGUUCGACGGAAUCCAAUGCGAGUUAGUAAGAAAGACAUGGAUAAAAAUUUUCGACGUCCAAGACAGUGUCUCUUGUCGACCAAAAGGAAAGAUCGCUUUGAAAAUUCGUUAUCUAUGAUCUCUAAUCGAACUAAAUCAUCACCUACACCGUAUAUGAACACGAGAUCGGUGACUCGUAAAAUGUGUAAUGUUGGAGCUACUUAUCAAGCGCCAACGAUAAGAGACGAGACUCAAUGGAAGGAAUGGCCUGUUCAUGGAAUGCAUGAAAGACCAAUUUUUCAUCCUCAGGUUGGGCUUGCAGCUGAAUAUUUGGGACGUUGUUUCGUCAGUUUGGACGGACUUUCUUAUCGAGAAAUCAUUGAUCAAUCUGAGAUAGAAGUGGUCUCGGUAGAUCCCCAUGGCGAAUGGUCAUCAUCCAGUGAAAAGAAACGAGGUAGAAAGAUGAUAACUACGGUCUAUCGAAAGAAUACUGAAGAGAAGAGAAAACGACAUCAGCAAGAACGUACUUUUUCUGAUACAUCGAAAGAUAACCAAGAAUUUUCAGGAAACUUUCGAAACUGCAGCAGAAAAUCAUUAGACACGAUCACCCACAGUUCAAGAAAAUCUGCCGAAGAAGAAAAUUUUUUAGAAGGAUACGCAAUUGCUAUGUCUCAAAGCAUUCAGAGCUCUGCCAAUUUUGUUAAAACUAAUUCUUGGUCCGCAACGACACCGACAAUGUUCAUCACUGAACGACAAAAACCAUCUAAUAGUUUCUACAAUGUUCAAACUUUACACAGCAAUCAAUUGAAAUUUGCCAAUAUACUUCCUAGACCAUCACCAAAGAGUUCCUUAAUAUUUGUAAGAACUACAGACACUAAAACUUCUAAUUGUUACUCGACAUCUUCUAAUCAAAUAUUUAAACCAUUCUCUAAUGAAAUCGGUACGACGAAAUUGACAGAUACUCUAAACGACGAGGCAUUGAUGGAAAUGAAUACAAUUUAUAAAAAUCUGAUACCAAAAGAAGAUUCUUUUUUGAGUUGCGAGAAUUCUUCGAUCAAUGCCAGUAAUUUUUGUAAAAAAGGGAUGAUGAAUUAUGUUAAUAAGCCACAGAAUAUUGUAAUGACGAAGUGCCUUUUUACUGCAAGACAAGAGAAACGAGAAAAUAUACACGAUAGUCAAAAUAUUAAAACUGUGAGAAAGAAUUUGAACGAUAGAUCCACAUUAGAAAUAGCGUUGAGAGAAAAUAAAGAUAAGUCUUCUACGACUAGUAACAACACUAUUGAAAAUUGGUCUACAAAUGAAACAUCCGAAAUUGCAAAAAUUCUUUCAGAAUACAAUAGAAGUAUAGCAAGGAAGUCUACUAUGCAGGCAGAAAACUAUAAUAUUCCUUUGAAAACCCAAAAACCAAAUAUAUUACGUAACAGUUCAAAAGAUUUGAAAGAGACAAUAUGGAGCAAAGAGGAAAGAAGAAUAAAUAUUAAUUCUAGAGGAGAUUUUACAGAAAGAAAAGCUAGUAUUAGAUUGCCUCAUGGAAAAUGGAGAAGAUUUCACUUUACGGUGGAAAAGAUAAAAGAUUCGUUGGAUGUCACGGAUCAUACGCAAACCACGUUUAUCGAACAUCAACAGGCAAAAUUAAAAAAUAACAGAAUUAGCACGAAUAGUAUCAGUACUACUAAUUCUACUCCUCGUCGCGAAAACAGAAGGAAAUCUCAGCUUCCUUAUAGAAGUUAUGAGAUGUUGCCUCACGAAGAAACUUCAAAUAUAGUGAAUUCUAUAAAAAAGGAAUGUACAACGACAAAAAUGGAAAAUUCUACGAGAACGCAAUCUUUGCAAGAAUUGUUAGAAAGCACAGCUGUUUUAUACUGUACCACAGCUGGUGGUACUCGUCAAGAAGAUUUAGCUAAUUACGUUGAUACGAUGGAUACUACCGAUAAAUCUUUGCAAUGGUUGGAUUCGUGGAAUAAUCAAAUUGUUUAAAAAUUUAUAUUUUUUUCAUUAAGUGAAUGGUCUUGUUAUGGUCAUG